UCACAAUGAACGAUCUUCCAGCCUUCACUUUCACGCCCCUGGACAACAUCACGGGCGUCCACCAGCGCGUCGUCGACAAGUUCCACACCCAUCAGACCCGAACACUCGAGUACCGCUUGAAGCAGCUGCGUCAGCUGUAUUGGGGACUGAAGGAUGAAGAGCCGGCCUUGUUGGAGGCAUGCAAGCUCGACUUGGGCAAGAGCGCUUACGAGUCGUACCUGACGGAGGUCGGCUGGGUAUUGAACGACAUUCUCUUCAUGUGCAAGAACUUGGAGCGAUUCAUGAAGGAUGAAAAGGCCGAGGACACCAGCUGGACCAACAUGCCCAUGGGACCCAAGAUCCGCAAGGAUCCUCUCGGAGCUGUGUUGAUCAUUGGCGCGUACAACUUUCCCAUUCAGCUUUCGCUGGGACCACUUGUUGGUGCUAUCUCGGCUGGAUGUACUGCCGUGCUCAAGCCAUCCGAGAGCGCGACCAAUGCUGCAAGAGUCAUGCAACAUAUCAUUGAACAAUCGCUGGAUCCAGAAGCGUACCAGGUCGUCCAGGGAGCCAUCCCAGAAACGACUGCACUCCUUGCCUGCAAGUGGGAUAAGAUCUUCUACACUGGCAACGCCACUGUUGGAACGAUCGUCGCUAAGAAGGCGGCCGAGACUCUCACACCAGUGACCUUGGAGCUUGGAGGCAGGAAUCCUGCGAUCGUCACAAAGAACGCCGACCCCAGACUCGCGGCGAGACGUCUGCUAUGGGCCAAGCUGGUCAAUGUGGGUCAAGUUUGUGUCAGCCAGAACUACAUCAUUGUCGACAAGGAAAUCCUCCCAGAGUUUCUCCGACAGCUUGAGUUGGCUCUCAAGGAGUUCCAGCCAAAAGGCGCCGAGUACGAUGAUAGCUACGGCAAAGUCAUCAAUGAGCGUCAAUGGAAGCGCCUGAAGUCCAUGCUCGACAGCACCAACGGCAAGAUCCUCUUCGGCGGUAACACCAACGAGUCGACACUCUUCUUUGAGCCGACUGUUGUUCAAGUUAACUCCGCCGACGACCCUCUCCUCGCCGACGAGUCCUUCGGCCCUCUCAUCCCAAUUCUCCCCGUCAACGACCUCGACGAAGCCAUCCGCACCGCCAACAAGGUCCACGCCACUCCCCUCGGUCUCUACCCCUUCGGAUCGCAAGCCGAGACAGACAAGAUCCUCUCUCAGACCCGUUCAGGCGGCGCAUCGAUCAACGACGCCUUCUUCCACGCCUCCAUUCCCACCCUCGCGUUCGGCGGCGUGGGCGACAGUGGCACGGGCGCUUACCGCGGCCGCGCCAGCUUUGAGUGCUUCUCGCAUCGCCGCUCCAUCACCAAGACACCCGCUUGGCUCGAGGGCAUGCUGGAUAUUCGCUACCCUCCCUACACGGACGCGAAGCUGAAGAAGUUCAAGAAGAUGAACGAGAUGAAGCCCGAUUUCGAUCGCAAUGGCAACUCUACGAGCGGUUUCAUCUGUGCAUGA